AUGCCUCCACUGUACUGGCUCGGAUUGGUUCAGCGUCGUCUUCAACUUCGAAUUGAAGCACAGGGCAAGUAUCUUCAGUCAAUACUUGAGAAAGCUUGUAAGGCUCUGAAUGAUCAGGCUGCAUCGGCUGCUGGGCUUGAAGCUGCUAAGGAGGAACUCUCUCAACUAGCUAUUAAGGUUUCUAAUGACUGUGAAGGGAUAACCCCACUUGAUACCAUGAAAAUGCCUUCCUUGUCUGAAAUUGCUGCCGCUUUAGAGAACAGAAACGCCUCCAAUGUACUGGCCCGGCUUGGCAACUGCUCUGUUGAUAGCUGCUUGGCAUCAACUGGAAGCCCUGUUUCUCCAAUGGAUAUGAGUUCACUGGCUGCUGCAAUGAAGAAAAGACAAGGGCCCUUCUUUGGCAAUGGAGACUCGUUGCCCUUGGAGUGUAACAUGAGGCAAGAAGUAAUGAUGAACAAUAUUGGAUGA